AAAGGCCGGUGCUGGGCUGCUGGGGAGCAGAAGGCUUGGGCCCCCAGCUGAGGAGGAGCCCUGCUCAGGACAUGGUUACUGGAUCAGAAAAACUGCCCAGGGGACUGCAUUCCUGAGACAAGCAGGGUCUGUGAAGCACUCUAACCCAACUCCUGCUACUUUCCUACGAGGCCUGGGGAAAGAUGAUGGAGAUCAAGGCUUGGAUGUUCUUCCUGGUCCUGGAAAUCACAUCUGUGUUGGGGCGGCAGACUAUGCUCACUCAGUCAGUGCGAAGAGUCCAGCCUGGGAAGAGGACCGCCAGGAACUUUGCCAGCCCUGCUGAAUCCCCGCACAGUCCUGGCGAGUGGACGACGUGGUUCAACAUUGACCACCCAGGUGGACAGGGUGACUAUGAGCGGCUGGACGCCAUUCGCUUCUACUAUGGUGACCGUGUAUGCGCCCGCCCCCUGCGGCUAGAGGCUCGGACCACUGACUGGUGGCCCGCGGGCAGCACUGGCCAGGUGGUUCAUGGCAGUCCCAGCGAGGGCUUCUGGUGCCGCAACAGGGAGCAGAGGCCAGGCCAGAACUGCUCCAAUUACACUGUGCGUUUCCUCUGCCCACCAGGGUCCCUGCACCAAGACACAGAGCACAUCUGGAACCCGUGGUCUCCCUGGAGCAAGUGCUCAGCUCCCUGUGGUCACACCGGGGUCCAGACCCGUACACGCACUUGCUUGGCGGAGACGGUGUCAUUGUGCAGUGAGGCCACCGAGGAAGGCCAACUUUGCGUGGGCCAGGCCUGUACAGCCUGUGACCUGACCUGCUCCAUGGGCCAUGCGAAUGCUGACUGCGAUGCCUGCAUGUGCCAGGACUUCAUGCUUCAUGGGGCAGUCUCCCUCCCCAGUGGAGACCCAGCCUCAGGGGCCAGUGUCUACCUGCUGACCAAGACGCUGAAGCUGCUGACCCAGACAGACAGCAGUGGGAGGUUCCACAUCCCUGGCUUGUGCCCUGAUGGCAAGAGCACCCUGAAGAUCACAAAGACUAAGUUUGCCCCCAUUGUGCUCACAAUGCCCAAGACCAGCCUCAAGGCAGCCACCAUCAAUGCGGAGUUCAUGAGGGCAGAGACCCCGUACAUGGUGAGGAACCCUGAGACAAAAGCGCGGCGAGCCGGGCAGAGCGUCUCCCUGUGCUGUAAGGCCACAGGGAAGCCCAGUCCAGAUAAGUAUUUCUGGUACCACAACAACACACUGCUGGAUCCCUCUCUCUACAAGCACGAGAGCAAGCUGGUGCUGAGGAACCUGCAGCAGGACCAGGCUGGGGAGUACUUUUGCAAGGCCCAGAGUGACGCUGGGGCUGUGAAGUCCCAGGUCGCCCAGCUGACUGUCAUAGCACCUGAUGAGACUCCUUGCAACCCAGUCCCUGAGAGCUACCUUAUCCGGCUUCCCCACGAUUGCUUCCAGAAUGCCACCAACUCCUUCUACUAUGACGUGGGCCGCUGCCCUGUCAAGACCUGUGCAGGGCAGCAGGAUAACGGGAUCAGGUGUCGGGAUGCCGUGGAGUACUGCUGCGGCAUCUCCAGAACAGAGGAGAGGGAGAUCCAGUGCAGCGGGUACACGCUGCCCACAAAGGUGGCUGCUGAGUGCAGCUGCCAACGGUGCACGGAGACCCGAAGCAUCGUGCGGGGCCGGGUCAGUGCCGCCGACAAUGGGGAACCCAUGCGCUUUGGCCAUGUAUAUUUGGGUAAUAGCCGGGUGAGCAUGACUGGCUACAAGGGCACGUUCACCCUCCACGUCCCCCAGGACACCGAGAGGCUGGUGCUUACCUUUGUGGACAGGCUCCAGAAGUUUGUCAAUACCACCAAAGUGCUGCCUUUCAACAAGAAAGGGAGUGCCGUGUUCCAUGAGAUCAAGAUGCUUCGGCGCAAAGAGCCCAUCAUCUUAGAGGCCAUGGAGACCAACAUUAUUCCCCUGGGGGAGAUGGCUGGUGAAGACCCCAUGGCAGAGCUGGAGAUUCCAUCCAAGAGUUUCUAUAGGCAGAAUGGGGAGCCCUACACAGGAAAAGUGAAGGCCAGCGUGAGCUUCCUGGAUCCCCGGAAUAUUUCCACAGCCACAGCUGCCCAGAGUGACCUGAACUUCAUCAAUGAUGAAGGAGACACCUUCCCCCUUCGGACAUAUGGCAUGUUCUCUGUGGACUUCACAGAUGAGGCCACCUCAGAGCCCCUGAAUGCUGGCAAGGUGAAGGUCCACCUCGACUCAACCCAGGUCAAGAUGCCAGAGCACGUGCCCACAAUGAAACUCUGGUCACUCAACCCAGACACAGGGCUGUGGGAGGAGGAAGGUGAUUUCAAAUUUGAAAGCCAAAGGAGAAGCAAAAGGGAAGACAGGACCUUCCUGGUGGGCAACAUGGAGAUCCGUGAGAGGAGGCUCUUUAACCUGGAUGUCCCUGAAAGCAGGAGGUGCUUCAUCAAGGUGAGGACCUACCGGAGUGAGAGGUUCUUGCCCAGUGAGCAGAUCCAGGGUGUUGUAGUCUCCGCCAUCAACCUGGAGCCCAGAACUGGCUUCUCAUCCAACCCUAGGGCCUGGGGACGCUUUGAUAGUGUCAUCACGGGCCCCAAUGGAGCCUGUCUGCCAGCCUUCUGUGACGACCAGUCCCCUGAUGCGUACUCUGCCUAUGUCUUGGCAAGCCUGGCUGGGGAGGAACUGGAAGCAGUUGAGUCUUUUCCUAAAUUCAACCCAAAUGCUAUUGGUGUCCCUCAGCCCUACCUCAACAAACUUAAGUACAGAAGGACAGACCAUGAAGACCCCCGGGUUAAAAAGACAGCGUUUCAGAUCAGCAUAGCCAAGCCAAGGCCCAACUCAGCUGAGGAGAGCAAUGGGCCCAUCUAUGCCUUUGAAAACCUCCGGGAAUGCGAGGAGGCACCUCCCAGUGCAGCCCACUUCCGGUUCUACCAGAUCGAGGGUGAUCGGUAUGACUACAACACAGUCCCCUUCAAUGAAGAUGACCCCAUGAGCUGGACUGAAGACUACCUGGCAUGGUGGCCCAAGCCAAUGGAGUUCAGGGCCUGCUACAUCAAGGUAAAGAUUGUGGGGCCCCUGGAGGUGAAUGUACGAUCCCGCAACAUGGGAGGCACCCACCGGCGGACAGUGGGAAAGCUGUAUGGAAUCCGGGAUGUGAGGAGCACCCGGGAUAGGGACCAACCCAAUGUCUCCUCUGCCUGUCUGGAGUUCAAGUGCAGCGGGAUGCUCUAUGACCAAGACCGUGUGGACCGCACACUGGUGAAGGUCAUCCCCCAGGGCAGCUGCCAUCGAGCCAGCGUGAACUCCAUGCUGCAUGAAUACCUGGUCAACCACCUGCCACUGGCAGUCAACAAUGACACCAGUGAGUACACCAUGUUGGCACCUCUGGACCCACUGGGCCACAACUAUGGUAUCUACACAGUCACUGACCAGGACCCUCGAAUGGCCAAGGAGAUUGCACUUGGCCGGUGCUUUGAUGGCACCUCCGAUGGCUCCUCUAGAAUCAUGAAGAGCAAUGUGGGAGUAGCCCUCACUUUUAACUGUGCAGAGAGGCAGGUGGGCCGCCAGAGUGCUUUCCAGUACCUCCAAAGCACCCCAGCCCGGUCUCCCACUGCUGGCACUGUCCGAGGAAGAGUACCCUCAAGGAGGCAGCAACGGGCAAGCAGAAGUGGCCAGCGCUGGCGUGGAGGGAUGGCCUCUCUGAGAGUUCCUGGAGCUGGUCAACGGCCUUUGAGCAACUAGGUUUUGUGACACUCCAUACUGUUUUCUUUCCACCUCAUGUGACAGGAAAUUGUGAGACUGAUGCGUGAACUGUCACUCGGUUAAUUUAAGCACAUCUGGUUUGGUGCGAUUUGCUUGUGUGUUUUCUCAUGUCUUUACUUACUUUGUCCCGUGAUACUGAUUGGCACAUAGCUCGCCUAAAUGGCAAAAUCCAUUCCCUUUAUACUGUUCUUUAAAAGAAACCCAAGAAAUCAGCCACUGGUUAAACUCUGCAGCUUUGACUGUUCUUCAUUUAGCGCCAUGAAUGCAAAUGUGCUUCCUUUUCCUUUUGCAUGGUUUUGUCCACCUCUACAAUAAUGAUAAUCUGAUGCUGAAGAUCAAAUAACCAAUUUCUUGGCCUUGCUCCACAGAACACAAGCCAGGCCUCCAUCACAGUUCAUGCAUAUAAAUGAUGGUGAAAU